AUGGCGGAAUCGACUUUGAAACCUGAAUCGACCGCGGACGCGCCUGUCAACAAAGACAAUUCGAAUUCGGACACCGCGCCUGACGACACCACCGACCAAGCGGCAAACGCAGCGGACGCACCCAAUGAGCGACCAGGGAAGAAGCGGCGCCUCGGCGUAGACCCCUCUUUGAUCAUCUCGGAUGGCAGGUCCAAGCGACGGCGCACACCCACUCCAGAGCCAGAGGAGGCUGCGGGGAAGGAGGAAGUGAAUGAUCCGAAAGACAGAGUGAGGGCGCAAGCUCUGGGUCGGGAUAUAUACAAUGAGAUCAUGAACAGUGUGAAGGAUGGAGAGAGUAUGGCGGAGCCGUUUAUCAAACUCCCGUCCAAGAAACAUUUCCCAGACUAUUAUGAGACCAUCAAGCAUCCGAUGUGCCUGGAUGAUGUCCGUCAAAAGCUGGACAAGCAGGAGUACGAGACCUUGAAGGAAGUGACGGCGGAUAUCGGUCAGAUCUUCAUCAAUGCCAAGCGAUACAACACCAAAGACUCGCAUAUCUUCCUGCUCGCGAAGAAGCUACACAAAACUACCCGAACCUUCUACAACAAAGCUACAACGCCCAAUGUCAAGCCUGCCGAAUCGGAAGAUGAGGCCGGUCCCUCCUCAGCUUCACGCCCCACCAAGCCCCGUCGCUCAGGAUCAGCCGUCAAGGCGGACCAUCAACCUUCAGCGUCCGCAAACGGCGAUGAAGAGGACCACGACAUGGGCGGUCCGUCGAAUGCCAGCAUGGACGGCGAGUCUACAGGGUUGGGGAACAGCAGAAUGGGCAAGAAGCGAGGUGGCUAUAUGAAAGAUGGACCGACAGUAUACAAGCUGGUCAAGCCUAUCCUCCUUAAUAUCAGGGCUGCGCGGUCAAAGGAUGGAGCCGACAGAGAAAUAGCUGCGAUAUUCGAGAAGCUGCCAGAUAAGAACGAUCUGCCAGACUACUAUAAUGCAAUCAAGGCGCCAAUAUCCCUUACCGAGAUCGAUGAACGGAUAGCGGGCAGGAAAUACGCCAGUUGCGAGGAGUUUUACGAGCAAGUGGAGCUCAUGUGCUCGAAUGCCAUGCAGUACAACGAGGACGAGAGUGAUGUGUUCCGAGACGCUCAGCAAAUCAUGCGUUUAUCCCAAUCCCAGGCGGCUGCGCCAAAGAAGUCGCGACCCAAACCCUCGCUGCCUGGACCUGUUCCACCCGGACCCACCCCCUCCCGUGUUGAGAACGGCCGUCCUCUCGGCCAACUAUCCCCCUAUCCCGGGCUCAACGGAACCCCCGUCUACUCCUCCUCUGCUACCAUCCAGCCCUCAGCCUCGCCGGCACCACGUCCCUCUUACCUCGCCCCUCUCCCUCCCGGCGUCGUGAACGAGGAUAUCGUCGCCCGCCUCAACCAGUACCCGAUGCACGAGCAAGCGGGGUGGGCUAAUACACUCACCACGGCGGGGAUGAACCAUUAUCGCCAGAUCUUGGCCACCCAGGAGGCGCGCAAGCGGACCCUCGCCGGCCAACCAGCCCCCACAUUGAUCGACACAGCGCAAACGGCCCGGAGCGGAGGCGGCGGGAGUGCCACUCUCAGCAUCACCCAACCCUUCAACCUUGGUUACCGCGCAAAGCCCCCGCAACCCAUGAUCAAGCAUAUCGACUGCGCCUUUGACUCGCCAAUUCCCAUCGCCGAGGGCGGAGGCAAGGAACGGCAUACCAUCCGCCUCCAUAAUCUUCGGGGCGUCGUCAUGCACGCGUUGAUCAUCGGGGCGGAGGCGGCCGAGGUGGAGAUCACAGCUACUCUGGCUGCGGAACCCAUACCGGACAUCUCGGCGGCGACUUCGGAGACCACGCCGGCUCCGGUGAAUCCACCAAGAGAAGUCAAGCUGAAGGUCAAUGGGAAUCCGGCGAAUAUGGGGAAGCCGGUGUAUGCGGACUCGGAGGGAGGGGACAUAGGGGACGAGGGAGAUGCGAAGCCAGUGGGGAUGCGCUGGCAGAUCCCCAUUGCGCAUAGCAGGCUGGAGACGAGGCUGGACGUGAUGUACGUGAGUGACGGGAAGGCGACGGAGCAGUGUGCGGUCUAUAUAAAUAGGCAAUUUUAA